GUUAUCGGCCUUUGCAUGGCCACAAUCCUAAAGAAGAUGGCCCAGAGAAAGGAAGCGGUGGAUCGAGACAAAGAUCGAGGGAAAUGGGCUGAGCCGAGUUGUGAUUGGGUGUCGAUUAAGAGGAUGUUGAUGGGGUCAGUGAGGUGGAGUGGUGCAAACAAGUGGGAGGAGAAGGCGGCGGCGCCACCGUUGUUGGGACUGAAGAAAGGCUGUGAGGGGGUGAUGGGGUGGCAAAGCCACAACUCGGAUUCGCCGGUGUGGCAACGGCCGAUACUUAUGGGGGAGAAAUGUGAGCUUCCAAGGUUCAGUGGGCUUAUUUUGUAUGAUGAAAGUGGUAACCCACUUGAUCACUCUCUCUGUAUCAAGGAAACAUCUCCCAAACAUGACAUGAUUCACCAGGAAAAGCCAGUUGCUGUUGUGAGAACUACUUUGAAGGACUUGCUCUAAAUUGUUUUUGUGUUUUACUAGCAAGUUGUAGCAAAAGAUGCUAGAGUUUCAAUGGUGUAAUCAUGUUCUAAUCUUGACAGAGUUUAAUGUAAAAA